AUUAGAUGCAAACACGCGAUUUUGUGGAAAAGAGAAUUAAAUUGUGACCGAACUGAACCGGUUUUGAGUUCGUCCUGGGCUCAUGUGAAUGUGACAUCACUUUCUUUUGCACAAUAUGAACACAAUUUAUUAUUUUAUUUCAGAUAUCGAGGAGGUGGCCGAGGAGGAUAUGGUGGUAUGCGAAGCGGUAGAGAUGAUUCAGGAGGGUUUGGAGGAGGUAGCGGCGGUGGCUUCAGACGUAAUGGGGGAUCAGGAGGUUUAUCCAAGAGUACCACAGGACAUUGUGUGCACAUGCGUGGUUUACCUUUCUCCGCGUCAGAAGCAGAUGUGAAGCAAUGGUUUAUGCCACUGAACCCAGUAGCAAUCAGGAUGGAGUUUGAGACAAGUGGUUCUGGUCAGCGGAGGUCACGUGGUGAAGCUGACGUGGAUUUUGCAACCGAUGCUGACGCUAAAGCCGCCAUGGCGAAAGACAGACAAUCGAUGGGUGGGUGGAGAGACAAGCUUUACUUAUACUGGAAAGCUCUAUCAGUUUUAACUGUUCUCCCUGGAGGUCCAGUAAGAGUCCUCUCUUAUUGAUCCAGUGUUACUACAGGAGGAAACCUAAACUAAACUAACUUUAUUUAUUCUGGAUAGCUCUAUCAUUUCUUAACUGUUCACCCUAGAGGUCCAGUAAGGAUCAUCCCAUGAAAGGCUCAUGCACAAACCUCUGUGGAAUGAAUUCAAACUUGAACUUUGUUUUAGGACAUCGUUAUAUCGAGUUAUUUUUGAGAUCAGAAUUUGAUGAUGGUGGUGGAGAUGACUGGAGCUCUGGUGACCAGUCCUUUUUCUCUGGCCAAGGAAUGAACUUUUCAAACAAUACCCAAGGUGAAAGAUUUUUAAACUUGUUAAAUAUGAUGCUAAAUUUCCACUCAAGAAAAAUUUCCACGGACAGAAAAUUCUCCGAAAAUAUCAUUGUGUUCAAAGUUGAAAAUUUUCAACUUCAAAAUUUUUUUCCGACGGAAAAUUUGUGUCGGCCAAUCGCAUUUUACAAAAAAAUUUUCUUUCUGCGGAAAAUUUUCCUGAGUGGAACGUUGCAAAACAGCAUCCUCAAAAUGGCGGAUAUUGGCCCGAAAGUGAGUAACACAACCGUUUAUCUCUCUUUUCAGGUUUUGGAAACAACUUUGGCACCAACGCGGCGGCUGCAGGAUUCAACGCCGCACCGGGAGCCGGUGCUUUUAACACCGGGGGCUUUGGUGGGGCGACCAACAGCUUUGGAAAUAUCGGUUCGGCGGCAGCGAGUACCGGCUACGGUGGGGGAUAUGGUGGAACUCAGGCGAACGCCAUGGGUAACUCUGGCUUCUUUGGGAUUUCAGGAGGUGCAGCAGCAGGUGGAGCAUUUGUCAAUCAAUCCGGGGGGAUGGGCAACCAAGCCGCACCUGGGUUCAAUGCCGGGGGGACGUCUGCUGGAGCUUUCUCGUCUACAGCUGCUGGAGCAUUCAAUUCGUCGACCAACUUUUAUGGACAAGACGUCAAAACCGGCAUGAUUUCUUAUCCAACUCAGUAUUAAACGAUGUUGUUUAGUUUGUUUUCUGCUUGUCAAACGAUUGGUAUAAGUAGGGCUUGAAAUGGCAGCCUGCCAGCGGCCAAACGCAGGCCAUAUUUCAGAAAUGGCAGGCGAAAAUUUGAGCUGCCAUGUCAAAAAUAAAAUGGCAGGCGAAAUUCUCCAAAAACAAAAUGGCGUCCAAUGGUUGAGGACACAAUCGAUUUGCAGUUUGGUUAGCGGUUUGCCGUAACGUCCAUCUUAAGGUUCCUAAUAGUUAUAAAAUAAAACAGGAAAUACAUAAAUGAUUGAUAUGCAUGCAGAAAAUAAACUUUUUAUCUUUAUGUCCAUCCUGAGUGAGACCAUUUUGGCAGUUCAAAAAAUAGAAAUGACAGACCAUAAUUUAGUUGACCUGCUAAUUUUAAAAAAGUAGUUUGGCAGGCCAUAUGUUUUUCCUAUUUCGAGCCCUAGGUAUGAUACCCUGGCCCAGAGGUACCAUCUGGCUCUCAGGGUAUGGGUAUGAUCGUUACAGGACAGGAGAUGGUGGUCAAGUGCACAAAUUUACUCUGGUAAUGGUAGGUUGACCACCAUCUGCUGCUUGUAAACCUUUUUAAACCUGGAGCUGUCGUAGUUACUGUAGUAGUUGUUGAAAUGUUGGAAGAGUUUCAUCACUGUAAAUAGUUUAGAACUUUGUAUGGUGUGUUAAUGCAGUGUUUUAGAAUAUAUUUUAAUUGUUGAUUUAUUGUUAUAUUUACGUAUUAAAAAUAUCUGAACGAUUUUCAGAAUUUGAUUUUGA